CUCUAAUAUUUUUUUCAAUACGCUUCAUUUUUAUCUUUUCUCCCUCAGAAUCCGUGUAAUUCUUUUUUAUAUGGAUACUAUUACAUUCAAAUUUAAUUGGUCUAUUUAUGAUAUUAGAAAGCUUCGAGAGGCUUUAUUAAACAGCAGACAUCUGCAUUUAACAAGUGAACGAUUCUCUAGUUUUGAAUUUCCUACUUUGGAAUGGGAGUUACAUCUAAAUUUAGAGCGAGGAACUAGUAAAAUUUCAAUUUGGCUUCGGCAAAUAGGGCCAGAUAAUGAUGCUAUUGUGAAUACAAGAUAUAAAAUUUAUGCAGUAAUAAAUCAUCGAGGAACCGUUUAUUUUGAAGAACCUUCUACCACAAUAGAUAUUGCCAAAUCCACAUACAAGUUUGAAAAGAGUAAUAGAAUGGGCUAUUCUUCUGUCUCAUUAGAUAGUGUAAUUCAACAUGAUGAUUCUUUAAAUCUUCAUUGUGAAGUUGAAUUUGAUUGUUAUAGUUCAACUCUUGAUUUACAAGAGACUUAUCUUGAAAUGUUUAAAAAUGAAACAUUGACUGAUUUUGUUGACGAUGAAAUUAUAAAAGCACAUCGUUGUGUUUUAGCACAAAAUAGUGAAGUAUUCCAAAGAAUGUUUGAUCAGAAUUUAAUGGUUGAAGCACAAAAGGGAGAGUUAAUAAUUUCUGAUUCUUCUCCUGAAUGUGUUCGUGCAAUGUUGGAAUUUUUUUAUACUAAAAAAAUUGAUGACGCCUUAAUGGAAAGCCAGGUUGAAGGUAUUUUUGCUAUUGCACAUAAGUAUGAAGUGGAGAAGUUGAAAUAUAUAUGUGAGCGUUUUAUGGCUUCUAAAAUAAGUAUGGGUUUGAUUACGUUAAUUUAA